ACUACGCUAGUUCCGUUUACCUGACGUUCAUCUGAGUGCAACGCUCGUAGCUUUCUCAGUACUGAUGGUGAAUAGCUACUGCUGCGGUAACCGGUGGAGGAACAGAAGCCGCAGAAGGAGAGUCAGCAGUAGUAGAGGAGCGGUAGUUUGGGAUUAAGUGUUUACAAUUAUUAAUCUUACUCGUAUAAACGGGAGCUUCCUAAAAACAGAAGGGAACGGGGAAAAUAAAUAAAGAUGGCGGCCGCGGCCUCGCCGGGCUCCUGCUCGUCCACCUCCUCAGACUGGAUUGUACUGAGAGACGGUUGCCUUCGUUGCGACGAGGAGGGCCUGCGGAGCCUUUCCUACCACCCGGCCCUUAACGCUAUCCUGGCUGUUACUAGCCGGGGCAGUAUAAAAGUAAUCGACGGCACUUCAGGGGCCAUUCUCCAGGCCUCGGCCUUGCAUGCUAAACCUGGAGGCCGUGUUAGGUGUCAGUACUUCCCUGCGGUAGACAAGGUCCUCUUCGUGGACGACUACGCAGUGGGCUGCAGAAAGGACUUGAACGGUAUCCUUCUGCUGGACACAGCGCUGCAGGCCCCCGUGGCCAAAGCAGAGGACAUGGUCCAGCUAGAGCUGCCUGUUACAGAGGCUCAGCAGAUGCUCUCGGCCUGCCUGGAGAAGGUAGAUGUGUCCAACACGGAGGGCUAUGACAUCUUCAUCACUCAACUCAAAGAAGGACUGAAGAAUACCUCACAUGAGACUGCAGCCAAUCACAAAGUGGCCAAGUGGGCAACAGUGACGUUCCAUCUUCCACACCAUGUGCUAAAGUUGGUCGCCAGUGCCAUCGUGAACGAGCUGAAGAAGAUAAACCAGAAUGUCGCUGCCUUGUCUGUGGCCUCGUUCAUAAUGGACAGACUCUCCUACCUAUUACCAAGCGCACGGCCUGAGCUGGGGGUGGGCCCAGGGCGCUCUGUAGAUAGAUCAUUAAUGUACAGUGAGGCCAAUAGGAGAGAAACGUUCAUGUCGUGGCCCCACGCCGGGUACAGGUGGGCACAGCCUGACCCCAUGGCCCAAGCAGGAUUUUACCACCAGCCUGCCUCCACCGGUGAUGACAGGGCCAUGUGUUUCACAUGCAGUGUCUGCCUAGUGUGUUGGGAGCCCACAGAUGAACCGUGGUCCGAGCACGAGCGACAUUCCCCCAACUGUCCAUUUGUGAAGGGUGAGCACACCCAGAACGUGCCCCUGUCCGUCACGCUGGCCACCAGCCCCGCACAGUUCCCCACACCUGAUGGCUCAGAUAAGAUCGCCUGCUACGGCUUCGGCAGCUGCCCACACUUCCUGGCAGCCGCCACCAAGCGUGGCAAGAUCUGCAUCUGGGACUUGUCCAAGCUCAUGAAGGUGCACUUGAAAUUUGAAAUCAACCCCUACGACCCAGCAAUCCUGCGGCAGCUGAUUCUGUCUGGGAGCGAGCUGGCCCUGGGGACCCAGGAGUCCAGGAGGCCCACCUUAGCCUGGCUAGAGGACUCCUCCAGCUGCUCAGACAUACCAAAACUAGAGGGGGACAGUGACGAUCAGUUGGAGGACUCCGACAGUGAAGAGCAUUCCAGAUCAGAGUCGGUGACCGGCCACCCAUCCCAGAGGGAGAGCAUGGAGGUGAGCCUGGGCGUGACAGCACUCAGCGUCCUGCAGCAGCCAGAGAAGCUCCAGUGGGAGGUGGUGGCCAGCGUGUUGGAGGACACCGUCAAGGACCUGGAGGAGCUGGGGGCUAACCCUUCCCUGGCCCAGGCCAAGGCCGACAAGGCCAAGGAGAAGCCCGCGGAGCACCACAACAUUCCCUUCCCCUGCCUUCUGGCUGGAGGCCUGCUCAGCUACCGCUCUGCCGCCGGCUCCCCGCUUGCCGCCCCACCCCCUUCCUCCGCCCGCCGCACCAUGGACGGCCCCCUCAGGACUCAGGGCCCCGAGCUCCCCCAUGCCGUGCCUGACCAGGGCCCUGUGGAGAUGGAGACCUGCAAUCCCCCUCCUAUGGAGCUGGGUUCUCCAAACCCAGCCGCUCCUGCCGUGCGCAGGACUAUGCCCGUGCUCUUGCUCUACAGCAUCAAGGAGUCGGAGGAGAAGUCGUCGGGCAAGGUGUUUGCCCAGAUGAGCAAUCUGAUGAGCAAGGGGCUGCACGAGGAGGGCUUCUCCGUUCCGCAGAUCAUCGAGAUGGAGUUCGACACUCACGAGCAGCUGCUGCUCCAGGACCCGCCCAUCACCUACAUCCAGCAGUUUGCAGACGCUGCCGCAAACCUAGCCGCCCUGGACGGGGACAAGUGGAGCUCGCUGGCGCCGCGGCCCGGAGCCCUGGUGCAGUGUCUGCGGCUGCCCAAGCAGCUGGAGGAGGAGAACCUCUACGUGGACUCCAUCACGCCCUGUUCAGACGGCGUGCACUUGCUGGUGGGGCUACAGCCCUGCUCCGUGGAGUCUCUCAGCGCCAUCAACCAGGUGGAGGCCCUCAACAACCUUAAUCGCCUCCACUCAGCCCUCUGCAGCCGCCGUAAGGGAGAGCUCCAGCCCCUGCCCACACUGGCCAAUGGCCACGAGGCCCUUCCCUCCGCCUCUCCCCCUCAGACCCCACUCAUCCUGCCCCCCCCUGACCAGCGACAACAGCCGUCCAGGCCCCUGGGAGGCUGUGGCGGUGGGGGCUAUCUGGCCCUCUACAAGCUCAACUACUCCACCCGCAUUGUCACUCUGGAGGAGGAGCCUGUCAAGGUGCAGCACAUCAGAGACCCCCGGGACGCCGUCACCUCCCUCAUCCUGCUCCCGCCAGACGUACUGGAUGGGAGGGAGGACGACAGCGAGGAGGCCCAGGAGGAGACGCAUCGGCGUGGGCUUAAAAACGGCUCUGGCUGCGGCCAUGGGUGUGGGCCAGGGACUGGUACUAGCAGCACAGCUGCUCCCAGUAGCACAAAGGUGAAGCAGGUGGACGUGGUCGGACUGGGCCACCUGGUGGUCACCACUCAGGCAGGGUACAUCAUGAUCCUGGACCUGUCCACUUUGGAGGUCCUGGCCAAAGUGGAGCCGCCCAAGAAAGACGGGAUAGUGGAUGAGAUUGACCCUUUCGUCGCAGUCACCUACUGCUCUGGGACUGACCGCCUUUGCGCUUGCACUAAAGGUGGUGAACUUCACUUCCUUCAAAUUGGAGGUGUGUGUGACGAUAUAGAUGACGCUGACAUUUUUGUCGAUGGCCCAGUUUCGAAAGGGUCUGAACAGCUGUUGGAGGGGACCAAGCCCUCGUCCAACCCCUCAAGCCCAGGGAUCACAGGAGUUGACCUCCUGGUGGACCAAGCGUUGGCCGUGGAGAGCCUGACGUCGCUGGUGGAGCUGACACGCUUCGAGACGCUGACGCCGCGCUUCUCAGCCACGGUGCCGCCCUGCUGGGUGGAGGUGCAGCAGGAGCAGCAGCAGCGCCGCCACCCCCAGCAUCUGCACCAGCAGCACCAUGGAGAUGCCGCCCAGCACACACGCACCUGGAAGCUGCAGAGCGACAGCUCCAGCUGGGACGAGCAUGUGUUUGAACUGGUCCUUCCCAAGGCCUGCAUGGUGGGCCACGUGGACUUCAAGUUCGUCAUGAAUGCCAACAUCACUAACAUUCCUCACAUCCAGAUCACCCUGCUGAAGAACAAGGCCCCAGGUCUGGGCAAGGUCAAUGAGACGGCAGUUGACAGACAGAUCUCCUUCCCCCUGUCCCAUGUCCUCCAUGCCAACGGGGAGAGGAACGGACAGUCGCUUAUGCACGACUUCACAGACGACAUCCAGUUCAUGGACAUCGAAGAGACACCAGGCUCCAGGCUGUGCACCUUCCUAGAGGACCAUAAGGAGGAUAUCCUGUGUGGUCCCGUGUGGUUGGCCAGUGGUCUGGACCUCUCAGGCCACGCUGGGAUGCUUAGCCUCACCAGCCCCAAGCUGGUCAAAGGCAUGGCCGGGGGCAAGUACCGCUCAUUCCUGGUGCACAUCAAGGCGGUGAGCGACAAGGGCAUGGAAGAGAGUCCCAGGCCGGUGAUGAGGAUGCCCAUUGCCAAGCCCCAGAGCAGCAAGGGCCAUUCCCUCUCCACCCUGCUGCAGAGGGCACAGGCCACCAAGGAAAAGGCCUCAACUUCCAAAGCAGAUUCUCCAGCUCAGUCGAAGAAACCUGACAACCUCCGAGGGUGCGACCUUCUCCAGGAGGUGUCCGUCACAAUCAGAAGGUUUAAGAAGACGUCAAUACCAAAAGAAAGAGUCCAGCGCUGUGCCAUGCUGCAGUUCCCAGAUUUCCAUGAGAAGCUGUUGAACGGGCUGUGUAAGCUGGAAGACAAGGGCCCUGGUACAGAGCACUCCCAGAGCCUUAUCCUGGACUGCCUCUGCUGGCUGGCUGGAGUCUAUUCCAACGGACCCUGCAGCCUGAGAGAAGGAAAGGAGGCUAUGCUAACGAAAACAAGGAAACGGCUGACCGACAUUGUGCGGGUGUGUUUUUUUGAGGCUGGACGGAGUAUAGCCCACAAAUGCGCCCGCUUUCUUGCACUUUGUAUUAGUAAUGGAAAAGGGGAACCCAGUCAGCAGGGCUUUGGCGUGGGUCUACUGAAGGCUCUGCUGGACAAUAUGCCUUACUUGCCCGCAGCAGCAACAGGUGGGUCGGUGUUCUGGUACUUUGUGCUGCUGAACUAUGUGAAGGAUGAGGACCUGGCAGGCUGCAGCACGGCCUGUGCCUCUCUGCUCACAGCAGUCUCCCGGCAACUGCAGGACCGACUCACUCCCCUGGAGGCUUUGCUACAGACCAGAUACGGCCUGUACAGUUCCCCCUUCGACCCUGUGCUGUUUGACCUGGAAGUCAGCGGCUCCUCCUGUAAGAAUGCCUUCAACAGCAGCAUCGGCGUCCAAUCUGACGAGAUUGACCUUUCUGAAAUUCUCUCAGGGAACGGUAAGGUAAGCAGCUGUGCGGCGGCCGAGGGCAGCUUCACGGCCCUCACCGGGCUCCUGGAGGUGGAGCCACUGCACUUUACCUGCAUCUCCACCAGCGACGGAACCAGGGUGGAGAGGGACGACGCAAGCAUGUUCACAGUGAGCACGUUUGGGGUCACCCCAGCAGUGGGUGGCCUGUCGGCGGGCACGGUGGGCGAGGCGUCUACGGCGCUGAGCUCUGCCGCCCAGGUGGCUCUGCAGUCGCUGUCCCACGCCAUGGUGUCUGCAGAGCAGCAGCUGCAGGUGCUCCAGGAGAAACAGCAGCAGCUGCUCAAACUGCAGCAACAGAAGGCCAAGCUGGAGGCAAAGCUGCACCAGACCACGUCAGCAGCAGCUGCGGCCUCCGGCGUAGGGCCCAUCCACAACUCUGUGCCUUCCAGCACCCCUGGCUUCUUCAUCCACCCCUCUGACGUCAUCCCCCCGACGCCCAAGACCACCCCGCUGUUCAUGACGCCCCCGCUCACCCCGCCCAACGAGGCGGUGUCGGCAGCCAUCAGUGUGGAGCUGGCCCAGCUCUUCCCCGGCUCCAUGAUGGAUCCACCGCCCGUAAACCUGGCCGCGCACAACAAGAACAGCCAGAAAGCCAAGACGAAUCCUAUGGGCAGCGGUCUGGCUUUGGUCAUCUCUCAAGCCUCUCACUUCCUCCAGCCUCCUCCGCAACAGUCCAUCAUUAUCGAGCGCAUGCACUCUGGAGCGCGGAGGUUUGUGACGCUCGACUUCGGUCGCCCCGUGCUGCUGACCGACGCUCUGAUCCCCACCUGUGGGGACCUGGCCUCCCUGUCCAUCGACAUCUGGACGCUGGGGGAGGAGGUGGAUGGACGCAGGCUGGUAGUGGCCACAGACAUCAGCACCCACUCCCUCAUCCUGCACGACCUGUUGCCACCCCCUGUCUGCCGCUUCAUGAAGAUCACUGUGAUUGGGCGUUAUGGCAGCACAAACGCCCGGGCCAAGAUCCCAUUGGGCUUCUACUAUGGUCACACCUACAUCCUGCCCUGGGAGAGCGAGCUGAAGCUGAUGCACGACCCCCUGAGGGGGGAGUGUGAGGCGGCCAGCCAGCCUGACGUGCACCAGCACCUGGCCAUGAUGGUGGCCCUGCAGGAGGACAUCCAGUGCAGGUACAACCUGGCGUGCCACCGGCUAGAGACGUUACUCCAGAACAUCGACCUGCCUCCUCUCAACAGUGCCAACAACGCCCAGUAUUUCCUGCGAAAGCCCGACAAGGCGGUGGAGGAGGACUCGCGGGUCUUUUCGGCCUACCAGGACUGUAUUCAGCUGCAGCUGCAGCUCAACCUGGCCCACCACGCCGUUCAGAGACUCCGCGUGUCCCUAGGGGCCGGGCGCAAGGUCCUGCCGGAACCCUACGACCCCCGGGAGCUCAUCCAGAACUCAUCCACCGAGCAGCUGAGAAGCAUUAUCCGAUACCUGCUGGACACCCUGCUCAGCCUGCUGCACUCCAACAACGGGCACGCAGUCCCGUCCGUUCUGCAGAGCACGUUCCACGCGCAUGCCUGCGAGGAGCUCUUCAAGCACCUAUGCAUUAGUGGCACGCCCAAGAUCCGUCUGCACGCUGGCCUGCUGCUAGUGCAGCUGUGUGGAGGGGAGCGCUGGUGGGGCCAGUUCCUCUCCAACGUCCUGCAGGAACUGUACAACUCCGAGCAGCUGCUCAUCUUCCCCCAGGACAGAGUCUUCAUGCUCCUGUCCUGCAUCGGGCAAAGAUCUCUGAGCAACAGCGGUGUGCUGGAGGGGCUGCUCAACCUGCUGGACAGCUUGCUGUCCCCUCUACAGCAGCCCCGGUCAGCUACCCAGCGCAGGACUGAAGGUGUGUUGGACGUCCCCAUGAUCAGCUGGGUGGUGAUGCUUGUGUCACGACUGCUGGACUACGUGGCCAGCGUGGAGGAUGAGGCGUCUGCAGGCAAGAAGCACCAGGGAGGGAAGGAGAGGGAGCGCACCUUCACAGGUAAUCAGUGGAGCUUUAUAAAUAACAGCCUCCAGUCCUCCAGCUCCAACAGAUCAACCAAAGGCAACAGCAGCCUGGACCGUCUGUACUCCCGCAAGAUCCGCAAACAGCUGGUGCACCACAAACAGCAGUUAAAUCUAUUGAAGGCAAAACAGAAAGCUUUGGUGGAGCAAAUUGAGAAGGAGAAGAUCCAGAGCAACAAAAGCUCCUCAUACAAACUGCUGGUGGAGCAGGCCAAGCUGAAACAGGCCACAUCCAAGCACUUUAAGGACCUGAUCCGUCUGAGGCGUACAGCCGAGUGGCCUCGCUCCACCCUGGACACAGAGGCCACCGCUGCCAAGGAGCCCCCUGAGGUGGAGCCUCUGCCCUUCACCCUGGCCCAUGAGCGCUGCAUCUCCGUGGUACAGAAACUGGCCCUCUUCCUCCUCUCCAUGGACUUCACCUGCCACGCAGACCUCCUGCUGUUCGUCUGCAAGGUCUUGGCCAGGAUAGCCAAUGCCACCAGGCCCACCAUCCACCUGUGUGAGGUGGUGUCGGAGCACCAGCUGGAGCGUCUGCUGCUGCUGCUGGUGGGGACAGACUUCAACAGGGGCGACAUCUCCUGGGGAGGUGCCUGGGCCCAGUACUCCCUCACCUGCAUGCUGCAGGACAUCCUGGCAGGGGAGUUGCUGUCCCCAGGGUCCCUGGAUGGUAUGGACGAGGGGGCGGUGGGUGAGGAGGCAGGGGCAUCGUCGUCCUCAGCAGGGAUAGACUCUGACUCCCUGGCCCAGCCCACCCCCAUCCCCCAGGUGGAGACCAUCGACGAGGCCCUGGUCCCGGAUAUCAUCGCAGGUGCUCCCUCUCUGUCAUCUUUGGAAAAAGAUAAAGACAUUGACUUUGACUUGCUACAAGACCUCAUGGAUGUUGAUAUUGAUCCUUUAGAUAUUGAUUUGGAAAAAGAUCCCCUCGCCGCCAAAGUCUUUAAGCCUAUUAGCAGCACCUGGUAUGACUACUGGGGUGCUGACUAUGGCACUUACGGUUACAACCCCUACAUAGGGGGAGUAGGGAUUGCUGUGUCCAAGCCCCCGGUUGCUGUCGAAAAGCCUGGCUCUCAGAGUCUCUCUGUGUCUGUGUCGCAAGCUCUGGACGCCCGCCUGGAGGUGGGGCUGGAGCAGCAGGCUGAGCUAAUGCUCAAGAUGAUGGCUACUCUGGAGGCCGACUCCAUCUUACAGGCGCUCACAUCAACGUCCCCCGCAGUGUCCCAGGCAUCCAAUGGGACGGAUGAUUCUCUGCUGCGGGGACUCCGUGGGGGUUCCCCACCAGGAAGCAGCCUAAUGGUACAGGCCUCCUCCAUCCCCAUGCUGAGUGCCUGCUUCAACAAGCUCUUCUCCAUGCUCCAGGUGCACCACGUACAGAUGGAGUCUCUGCUGCAACUGUGGCUGACCCUCAGUCUCAACUCCUGCUCUGGGGGCACUGAGGAAAGUGGAUCGGAUAUUUUCCUGUUCAACGCCAGCAGAGUGCCCACCAUCCCACUCAACCAAGCCUCUAUCAACAGUUUCCUGUCGGUGCUAGCCUGGUACCCCAACACCUCCCUGAGGACCUGGUGCCUGGUGCUGCACUCCCUUACCCUCAUGACCAACAUGCCUUCCUGUGCCUCCAGCAGUGGGAUGGGAGCUCAUGAGAGCACGGCCCAGCAGAUGGUGUCGGACCCUACGCUGGUGCACGUGCUCGUGCGUUUCCUGUCUGGGAGCAACCCCCACGGCACCAGCCAGCACAGCUCCCAGGUCGGCCCCACCGCCACCCAAGCUAUGCAGGAGUUCCUCACCAGACUCCAGGUGCAUCUCUCUUCCACCUGCCCACAGAUGUUCAGUGAGUUCCUGCUCAAACUAAUGCACAUCCUGUCCACUGAGAGGGGUCCGUUCCAGUCAGGCCAGGGUCCUCUGGACGCCCAGGUCAAGCUGUUAGAGUUCACCCUGGAGCAGAACUUUGAGGUGGUGUCAGUUAGCACCAUCUCCUCUGUCAUCGAGUCCAUCACCUUCCUGGUGCAUCACUACAUCACCUGCUCUGACAAGGUGGUGUCCCGCAGCGGUUCCGACAGCGCUGUGGGUGCCCGCGCCUGCUUCGGAGGCCUAUUCGCCAACAUCAUCCGGCCCGGCGACGCCAAGGCGGUGUGCGGCGAGACCACACGCGACCAACUCAUGUUCGACCUGCUCAAGCUGGUCAACGCCCUGGUCCAGCUGCCCCUGUCGGGCGACCGCGAGUUCAGCGGGCGUCUGCCGCCGGCGGGCAGCGGGGCGUCGGACAGCAGCGUGUCGGACGAGGAGAAGGUGUGCGGCAGCAAGGAGGGGGCAGCGGGCGGGUCCACCCCUAACCAGGGCCCUGCGGCCGGAGUGGCUGACCUGGUGCUGGCCAACCAGCAGAUCAUGAGCCAGAUCCUCUCGGCUCUGGGCCAGUGCAACAGCAGCGCCAUGGCUAUGAUCAUAGGUGCUAGUGGUCUCCACCUGACCAAGCAUGAGAAUUUCCAUGGAGGACUAGAUGCCAUCUCUGUAGGAGACGGCCUUUUCACCAUCCUCACCACCCUGAGCAAGAGAGCCACCUCGGUGCAGGUCAUGCUGCAGCCCAUCCUCACCUACAUGGCCUGUGGAUACAUGGGCAGACAGGGUUCCCUGUCGACAUGCCAGCUGUCUGAACCUCUGCUCUGGUUCAUCCUCCGAGUGUUGGACACCAGCGAGGCACUUAAGGCAUUCCACGACAUGGGUGGGGUCCAGUUGAUCUGUAACAACAUGGUGACCAGCACACGGGCCAUAGUGAACACAGCACGCAGCAUGGUGUCCACCAUCAUGAAGUUCCUGGACACUGGUCCAGGGAAGGCUGCAGACGGCAGCCUCAAAGCCCGUGUCCUAGCCGCCGAGCCCGACAACGCAGAGGGACUCCACAACUUUGCUCCACUUGGCACCAUCACUUCCAGCAGCCCCACGGCCCAGCCGGCUGAGGUCCUCCUUCAGGCCACGCCCCCUCACAGACGGGCGCGCUCGGCUGCCUGGUCCUACAUCUUCCUGCCGGAGGAGGCGUGGUGUGACCUCACCAUCCACCUUCCUGCCGCUGUUCUGCUCAAAGAGCUGCACAUCCAACCACACCUGGCCUCUCUCGCCACCUGCCCUUCCUCGGUCUCGGUUGAGAUCAGCGCGGACGGGGUCAACAUGCUGCCUCUGUCCACGCCCAUCAUCACCAGCGGCCUCACCUACAUCAAGAUCCAGCUGGUGAAGGCUGAGGUGGCGUCCGCCGUGUGUCUGAGGCUGCACCGGCCCCGCGACGCCAGCACCCUGGGCCUGUCACAGAUCAAACUGCUUGGCCUCACCGCCUUUGGAAACACCUCCUCAGCCACCGUCAACAACCCCUUCCUGCCCUCUGAGGACCAGGUCUCUAAAACCAGUAUUGGCUGGCUACGUCUGCUCCACCACUGUCUGACCCACGUCAGUGACGUGGAGGCCACAAUGGCCAGCGCCGCUGCCCCCACCGCCAACCUGCUUCAGACCUGCGCCGCCCUGCUCAUGUCCCCCUACUGCGGCAUGCACUCGCCGAACAUCGAAGCCGUGCUGGUCAAGAUCGGCCUGCAGUCCACCCGCAUCGGCCUCAAGCUCAUCGACAUCCUGCUGAGGAACUGUGCAGCCUCCGGCACCGACCCUACCAACCUGAACAGUCCCCUGCUCUUUGGAAGGCUCAACGGUCUCUCUUCAGACUCCACCAUUGACAUCCUCUACCAGCUGGGAACCAUACAAGAUCCAGGGACUAAGGACAGGAUCCAGGCCCUUCUCCAGUGGGUCCAUGACUCAUCGCUGGUGGCGGCCCACAAGAGGAGCGGCCCCUUGGGCUACAUGCGCCAGAGCAGCUCCUCGUCACGGGAGUAUGGCCUCGUCAUGCCCUCGCCGUCCCACCUCCACUGUGUGGCGGCCAUCUUGUGGCACAGCUACGAGCUGCCCGUGGACUACGACCUCCCAGUGCUGCUCAACAGAGAGCUCUUUGAACUUCUGUACAACUGGUCCAUGUCCCUGCUGUGUAACAUGGUGCUGAAGAAGGCAGUAGACAGCCUGCUCUGCUCCAUGUGCCACAUCCACCCCAGCUACUUCUCUCUGCUCAUGUCCUGGAUGGGCAUCGUGGCCCCGCCAACCGCCGCCCAAUCUCAGGCCCAGCACCGCCUCUCCAUGACGGACGACGGAAAGAAGCAGCAUGACCUCAGCAGCGCCAAUGCUAACGCCACCACCAGCGCCGCUGCCACCGGCCUCACCGACGACUCCAAGCACGCGCGUCCACCCAUCGCACUGUCCGAGUCGGAACUGGCCACUCUGGCUUCAGCCUCCCAGUCACCCGGGGCAAUAGAGCAGCUGCUGGACUCGGGCCUGCCCUCUCUGCUAGUCCGCAGCCUGGCCGGACUCUGCUGUGGCCUCCUGGCUGCCGCUGACCUGCCCCUGCCCGCCACCGCCCAGGCUGAACGACGGCAACACCAUCACAACCACCACCCCCACUGCUCCUCCUCUUCUUCAUCCUCCGCUUCCUCUCAGAGCAGGGUGCCCCUGUCUGCAGAGCUGGCAGCCCCAGUGCUGCGUUUCCUCACAGAGGUGGGGAACAGUCAUGCCAUGAAGGACUGGCUGGGUGGGCCUGAGGUGAACUCUCUGUGGACUGCUCUGCUGUUCCUGCUGUGCCACUCCAGCGCUAGCGCAGGGGGAGCCAGUGGUGGCCAGGGGCACACGGGAGCCCACUCUGCUGCCUCCGGUGGUGCGUGCUGCCCCCCUCCUCCGCCCCCACCCCUGCCCUCUGGGUCGCGCUACUCUCUAGCCUCCUCGUCCCGGGGCAGCGGGCUCACCACCCAGCAGAGGACAGCCAUCGAGAACGCCACAGUGGCCUUCUUCCUGCAGUGCAUCUCCUGCCACCCCAACAACCAGCGGCUCAUGGCACAGGUGCUGUGUGAGCUCUUCCAGUCGGCCCCCCAGCGUGGAAACGUGCCCAUCUCUGGCAACAUCUCCGGCUUCAUCCGCAGGCUCUUCCUGCAACUCAUGUUGGAGGACGAGAAGGUUACAGUCUUCCUGCAGUCGCCCUGUCCGCUGUACAAGGGCCGCAUCAACGCUACCAGCCAUGUGAUCCAGCACCCAAUGUACGGAGCAGGGCACAAAUACCGCACUCUCCACCUCCCCAUCUCCACCACUCUGGCUGAGGUCCUGGACCGGGUGUCUGACACCCCCAGCAUCACAGCAAAGCUGAUCAAUGAACAGAAGGAGGACAAGGAGAAGAAGAAUCAAGAGGAGAAGGAGAAGAUGAAGACCGACAGUGGUUUCCAGGACAACUACAGCGUUGUCGUGGCCUCAGGCUUGAAGUCCCAGUCGAAGAGAGCCCUUUCCACCCCUCCCCGUCCCCCUUCGCGGAGGGGCCGUGUGUUGAGCGACAAGCUGACAUCCUCCUCAGGUGUGGACCCCUCCGCCAAAACGCUCAGCGUGCCUGUCUUCCACCUCUACCACAAGCUGCUCCCAGGUCAGCCCCUGCCAGCAGAGAUGACACUGGCUCAGCUGUUGACCCUGCUUUAUGACCGUAAGCUGCCCCAGGGCUACCGGUCCAUCGACUUGACCGUCAAGCUGGGCUCCAAGGUCAUCGCCGACCCAGGCCUCUCCAAGACGGACUCGUUCAAACGGCUCCACACAGAGAAGGUGGAACACUGUGACAUGCUAAGCAGCUGUCCGGAGGACGAGCCCAUGACCCCGGGGGACGACUGUCUUGACGCAGCCAUCGACGAGUCCCUGCUGGAGACCAACCCCAUCCAGUCUCCCCUGCAGGUGUUUGCAGGCAUGGGUGGUCUGGCCCUGAUUGCAGAGAGGCUACCCAUGCUCUACCCAGACGUCAUCCAACAGGUGAGUCCUCCGGUGGUGCCCUCCACCACGCAGGAGAAGCCCAAGGACAGCGACCAGUUUGAGUGGGUCACCAUCGAGCAGUCUGGCGAGCUCGUGUACGAGGCGCCAGAGACCAUGGCCGCCGAGCCGCCGCCCAUCAACAAGUCGUCAGUGCAGACCAUGUCGCCCAUCCCCGCCCACUCGCUAGCGGCCUUCGGUUUGUUCCUGCGCCUGCCGGGCUACGCUGAGGUGCUGCUGAAGGAGAGGAAGCACGCCCAGUGUCUGCUUCGCCUGGUGCUGGGGGUCACCGAUGACGGCGAGGGCAGUCACAUUCUGCAGUCUCCGUCGGCUAAUGUGCUGCCCACGCUGCCCUUUCAUGUGCUGCGGGCCCUGUUCAGCACCACCCUUCUUACCACAGACGACGGCGUGCUGCUGCGUCGCAUGGCCCUGGAGAUAGGAGCCAUCCACCUCAUCCUGGCCUGCUUGUCAGCCCUCAGCCACCACGCGCCCCGUGUCCCCAACGCCAGUGUCAACUCCUCAGAGCCAACUGUGUCCAGUGGUCAUGGAGGGGGUACCAGUGAGGAGCAGCAGCUGUACUGGGCCAAGGGCACUGGGUUCGGUACAGGCUCCACUGCCUCAGGCUGGGACGUGGAGCAGGCCCUCACCAAGCAGAGGCUGGAAGAGGAGCACGUCACAUGUCUUCUGCAGGUGCUGGCCAGCUACAUCAACCCAGCAGGCUGUGUGAGCCACGGAGAGGCCCCUAUGGGGGAGAGCAGGGGCCACAACAGCAACGCCCUGCCCACAGUACUGCAGGAGCUGCUCAGCCAGUCCUGCCUCAUUCCAGCCAUGUCCUCCUACCUACGCAACGAUUCUGUGCUUGACAUGGCACGCCACGUGCCCCUGUACCGGGCGCUGCUGGAGCUGCUGAGGGCCAUCUCCACCUCCACGGCCCUGGUGCCCCUGCUGCUGCCUCUGUCAGGAGACCCCAGCCAGGAGGAAGAAGAGGAGGAAAACUCCGAGGGACAGACGUCUGUGGGCAUGCUGCUGGCCAAGAUGAAGACUUGCGUGGAUACCUACACUAACCGCCUCAGGUCAAAGAAAGACAAGGCAAAAGGCGUGGUGAAGCCUGAUAGCUCAGACCCAGAGCCUGAGGGCCUGACCCUGCUGGUGCCUGACAUCCAGAGGACGGCUGAGAUUGUCUACGCUGCCACCACCAGCCUGCGGCAGGCCAACCAGGAGAGGAAGUUGGCCGAGUCCUCGAAGAAGGCAACAACCAGACCCAAACCCAUGUCCAUCCUACGCUCACUAGAGGAGAAGUACGUGGCCAUCAUGAAGAAGCUCCAGUUUGACACCUUUGAGAUGGUCUCGGAGGACGAUGACGGGAAGCUGGUGUUCAAGGUGAACUACCACUACAUGUCUCAGGUGAAGAAUGCCAGCGACGCCAACAGCGCUGCCCGCGCCCGCCGCCUGGCACAGGAGGCUGUCACGCUCUCCACCUCGCUGCCCCUCUCCUCCUCCUCCAGCGUCUUUGUCCGCUGCGACGAAGAACGACUGGACAUCAUGAAGGUUCUCAUCACUGGGCCGGCAGACACGCCGUACGCCAACGGCUGCUUUGAGUUUGACGUGUACUUCCCCCAGGACUACCCCAACUCCCCGCCCCUGGUCAACCUGGAGACCACCGGGGGACACAGCGUGCGCUUUAACCCAAACCUCUACAACGACGGGAAAGUGUGUUUAAGUAUCCUCAACACCUGGCAUGGGAGACCAGAGGAGAAAUGGAACCCUCAGACCUCUAGCUUUUUACAGGUGCUGGUAUCGGUGCAGUCUCUGAUCCUGGUGUCGGAGCCCUACUUCAACGAGCCGGGCUACGAGCGCUCACGCGGAACCCCCAGCGGCACGCAGAGCUCCCGCGAGUACGACGGAAACAUCCGGCAGGCCUCCGUCAAGUGGGCCAUGCUGGAGCAGUUACGCAACCCCUCGCCUUGCUUCAAAGAGGUGAUCCACAAGCACUUCUACCUGAAGCGGGUGGAAGUCAUGGCGCAGUGUGAGGAGUGGAUCGCAGACAUCCAGCAGUACAGCAGUGACAAGAGAGUGGGCCGCACCAUGUCCCAUCACGCUGCUGCAUUGAAGAGGCACACGGCCCAGCUACGAGAGGAACUGCUGAAGCUGCCCUGCCCCGAGGGCCUGGAGCCUGACGGGGAGGAGUUCUCAGAGAAGAGUGCCGCCCUCAUGGUCAAAGAGCUGCCCAAUCAGGAUGCGGAGAAGCCAAGCGGCAGCCAAGACGGCCCCUGCAGUGAGGGCUUGCUAUGAGUCCUGCCCUUCCCUGCACCCCUCCACCCUUAGCCGCGGCUACUCAUCCUCACGACUAUUACUAUUGUUAUUAAAUAGACUUUGAAGGCUUCGAAGCACAAGCCACCAUUUUGUCAAUAUUUGUAUGUAAGAAUCUAAUUAUGUAAUAGGACAAAAAACAAGAUGAGAAUGAAACUGCAUACAAACCAACAAAAAUAAGACAAAACUCCGAACUAUGCUAUGCCCUUAAGGAAACAGUUGACAAACAAAUUCUUUUAUUUACCUGUAAAAGUGUAAACUUUUUGUGCUUUUUUUUUUUCAAUUGUGAAUUAACCACUGAUUGGUAUGUUAUUAAACUUGUUUAUGUAUACAUAAUGACAGAGGGAAUCACAGAAUAUAUAAGGGAACUAGCAUACCUUUUAGAGAAUGUUUAAUGAAUGUUAAUUUCAACAAAAAAAUUGGACUGUUAGCGCAAGAACAGUUGUAACCAAGAAUGUAUUGGUCAUUCUUUAAGGAUACUAUUUAAAAGAAAAGAACACACACUUUCCUGAAUUUGAGAAAUCUUUUGGUUGCCCAUUGAUUUCUGCAGGAUCCUGUAAACUUCAAUAAAGGCUGAAAUGGACGUUCUUAAUUGCUAUGAUUACUUACUUUUUUUUUUUUUUUUGCCCCUCACUAAUUCUCAAUGCAAGUUUAAUAAAUGCAACCUGUUUUACUUUGCCCAGAUAUAUACACUGAUCUGAUUGUGUAGAUGAGUGUAUGUAAGAUGUGCUUGGGAUAUGUAUGUGAACGCUUCUGCAUGUGUAUGUGAUUGUGUGUGUUCAACAAUCCUCAUAAGAUCCCAAGCUGCCAUGUGCCUUUUUAUCUACAUUGACAUCAUACCACCAGAUACUUUGAAAGAGUUUAUUCACUGAUUAUUUGAAAUUUCUACACACACAUCAUUCCACUGUUUGGCUAAAAUCCCUUCAUCUAUUUUAUGUUGAUUCCAGUAAAAGAAAAAGCACUUUCUAUUUUACUCAAUCCCAGUUCAGUCACAUACUCCUUUUGGUAGGACAUUAAAUGGAGCUUGAAAAUGUU